AUGCUCUCACGAUCGCUGCUCAAGACCCCGUCAAGGGCGUUCAACGCUCUGUCAAGAGCCGGCACUCUCUCCACAAGAAAUCAGGCUCGCCUGCUGUCAACUUCAUCAGCCCGAUAUGCCGACGAAAAGCUCAACAAGGUCUCCGCAAACAUCACGCAGCCCAAGUCCCAAGGUGCUUCCCAGGCUAUGCUUUACGCCACCGGCCUCACAGACGCCGACUUGAACAAGGCGCAGGUCGGCAUCUCCUCCGUCUGGUACGAGGGAAACCCUUGCAACAUGCACCUGAUGGAUCUGUCUGGGCUCGUCAGAGAGUCUGUGGCCAAGGCCGGUCUCAUUCCCUACAGAUUCAACACCAUUGGUGUCAGUGAUGGUAUCUCCAUGGGCACCACUGGUAUGCGAUACUCGCUGCAGAGCAGAGAAAUCAUUGCCGACAGUAUCGAAACUGUCAUGAACGGACAGUGGUACGAUGCCAACGUCAGCUUGCCUGGCUGUGACAAAAACAUGCCCGGUGUCGUGAUUGCUAUGGGCCGUGUCAACCGGCCUAGCAUCAUGGUCUACGGUGGCACCAUCCAGCCCGGAUGCACAAAGGCUGGCGAAUCCAUUGACAUUGUCUCGGCAUUUCAGGCAUACGGCCAGUACAUCUCCGGAGAAAUCACCGAGGAUCAGCGAUACGACAUUAUCCGUCACGCGUGUCCCGGAAGCGGUGCCUGCGGUGGCAUGUACACUGCCAACACCAUGGCGACGGCCAUCGAGACCAUGGGCCUGACCCUACCCGGCAGCAGCAGCAGCCCUGCCGAGGACCCGAGGAAGAAGGCCGAAUGCGAGAGCGUCGGUGCUGCCAUCCGGAACCUUUUGAAGGAGGACAUCCGCCCUCGCGACAUCCUCACCCGACAGGCCUUUGAGAACGCCAUGAUUGUCACCACCAUUCUUGGUGGAAGCACCAACGCAGUGCUUCACUUGAUUGCCAUUGCCGACUCCGUCGGAAUCAAGCUGACAAUUGACGACUUCCAGGCUGUCUCUGACCGCAUCCCCUUCCUCGCCGACCUGAAGCCGUCUGGCAAGUACGUCAUGGCUGAUAUGCACAAGAUUGGUGGCACCCCCGGCCUGCUCAAAUAUCUCCUCAAGGAGGGCCUCAUUGACGGCUCUGGCGUUACUGUGACCGGAAAGACCAUGAAGGAGAACGUCGAGAGUGCUCCCGAUUUCCCUGCCGACCAGGACAUCAUUCGACCUUUCAGCAACCCCAUCAAGCCCACCGGCCACAUCCAGAUUAUGCGCGGUUCCCUGGCUCCUGGUGGCUGUGUUGGCAAGAUCACUGGCAAGGAGGGUCUGCGAUUCGUCGGCAAGGCUCGUUGCUACGAUGCCGAGUCUGAUUUCAUUGCCAGCCUGGAGGCUGGUGAGAUCAAGAAGGGCGAAAAGACCGUCGUUAUUAUCCGCUACGAUGGGCCCAAGGGCGGCCCCGGUAUGCCUGAGAUGCUGAAGCCUUCCUCGGCCAUCAUGGGUGCUGGACUGGGCAAGGACGUUGCCCUGUUGACUGAUGGCCGUUUCUCUGGUGGCUCUCACGGCUUCAUCAUCGGACACAUUGUUCCCGAGGCCAUGGAGGGUGGCCCCAUUGCCCUCGUCAAGGAUGGCGACGAGAUCACCAUUGAUGCCGACAAGCGAAUCAUUGACCUGGAGAUUUCAGAGGCGGAGAUGGAGAGGCGAAGGAAGGAGUGGAAGCCUCCCGUGCCCAGAUACACCAAGGGAACGCUGUCCAAGUACGCCAAGCUGGUUAGCGAUGCCAGCUCUGGCUGUGUCACUGAUGGCCCGGUUGCUUGA